AUGGGGUCCCUGGGCAAUAGGGGAUCAUGGGGCCCCUGUGUCCUUGCCCAAACUCAAAAAAGCCUAUGAAAAAGUUUUUGUUUUAAAAUGUUGCAAAUAAGUGAUUUUUCUCCUUCACUGAUAUGCACUAAUGAGGCUGCAGUGAUGGGCACUGAUAGGUGGCACCAGGGGCGGACUGACAACUCAUGGGGCCCCCCGGCAAUAGGGGAUCAUGGGCCCCUGUGUCCUUGCCCAAACUCAAAAAAAAGCCUAUGAAAAAGGUACUAGGGGCAUCUCAUGGGGCCCCCUACUGACCCCGGGCCCUCGGGCAGUGCCUGAGUUUCCAAAUGGUCAAUCCGCCCCUG